AUGCAACUCACCCAGACCAUCGUGGCCGCCCUCUUCGCCGCCUCCUCCGUGGCUGCGGCUCCCGCCCCGGCCGAAAAGUCCAUGCUGGUCCAGGGCAUCCCCGAGUGGACCAUCGAGGGCGCCCACCGCUGGUGCAACAAGGACAACACCGAGUGCCACUGGAAGUUCGCCAUCAACCCCAAGAUCUACUCCAAGACGGCCGUCGACUUUGUCGUCAGGAACGCCGGGAGCACCCCCGCCGCCCAGAGCAACGGCGGCGCCCAGAACUUUGGCGACUACACCAUCACCUCUGGCUGGAGCGGCCAGUUCGGCCCGGGCAACGGCUUCACCACCUUUGCCGUCGUCGACAACAAGCACCGCAUCAUUGCCUACCCCGCCUACAGCGAUAAGGAGGUCGAGAACGGCCAGGUUGUCUCGCCCGACAAGAGCUACCCGGCUCAGGGACUUCCAUAG